AAAUUCCAAUCCUCUUUCACGUAUACUCACUUCCUCAGAGCAAUGCCAAUGGCCACUGCGGAAUCCUCCAACGACCAAAUCCAAUCUCUUCCGCUUAUCGACCUCCGCCUCCUCUCUCAAUCCGAACUCUACACUCUCUCCCUUUCCGCCGCCACUCACCUCCACCGCCGCUCCGACGACGAUUCCGUUAUCCCCAAAAUUGACCGUUCCGUCUUCAACGAAUCCGCCGGUAGCCGCAAGCAGACCUUCUCUCGUCUCCGCCUCGCUCCUCGUAACAAACAAAACUCCUCCGUUCCUGCUUCCUCUUCCUUUCACAUUCCCCUCCGCAUUCCCGAGCCCGUGGACGAAGAAAACUCCCAAAUUAUCGCUUUGCUCCAACAACUCUUCGGCGUCGAGUCUCUUCGCAACGCGAAACGCCACGACGACGAUGACCGCCUUGUUCCCGUUCAGGUUGAAUUUAAACAACCGUCUCCUGAAUCCGCGGUCUUCCCCUACCAGAACAUUCCGAUCGACGUCGUCAACAGCGAUCAGAGGAAGCGGAAGCGCGGGCGGCCACGGAAGAAAGAGAAUUCGGAAACGCUUUUGGAAGAAGAGCCAAGGAAGGUAGACGAGGACGGUGACGGAGAUGGGAAGGCUGUUGCAAUGGUUAACGAGAGGGGUUUUGUGGCGGAUGCUGUUCGGUUGGCGGAUUCUGGCGAUCCGUUUGGGGAGGAGUUGAAGAGGAGGACCCAAGGGUUGGAGACAGAGUCGCAGUUGUUGGAAUUCUUGGAGAGUUUGAAUGGAGAGUGGGGGAGUCAGAGAAAGAAGAGGAGGAUUAUACAGGCAAGUUAUCUUGGUGAUUUGUUGCCUACAGGGUGGAAAAUCGUGCUUUGUCUUAUGAGGAGAGCAGGUCGCGCAUCCGUAGUUUGUCGCCGUUACGUAAGCCCUGAUGGACACCAAUUUGAGUCGUACAAGGAAGUUUCUGAAUACUUGCUCUCUUUUUUCGGAGUUCAAGAUAUAAGCCAUUUAAAAUCUAAUUAUACUGAUGGCAGUCAGAAGUUUUCCAGUAAUAUCAAUAUGGCAUCUGAAAGUCAGAGUGUUGGUCGUGUCCCUACAGGAGACAUGAAGACUGAUGCCAAUAGUUCUUUGUGUUUAGCUAGUACAUCUAUGAACUCUCAUGAUGAGAAGCAGGCCACCAUAUCAUCAUCUAUUGGAAGUGAGAAGCUAAACACUGCUGAUGGGAAUUUGAAUAGUGAUCUGGCUUUGGGUUUUAAAUUAGGAGAUACUACUAGUGGAGCCUUUGGAGACCUUGACCAUCAAACUGAAGAUAAACAACCAUUGAAUGCUGAAAGGAAUGAUGCAAAUUCAGUUCAGGGGCAUUCUCUUGCUGAGGAUAGAGUUUGUAAUGUAAGUAAUGAGAACUUUGUUGGUGCUAUUGAGGCCAGUGAUGGUGCAUGCAAUCUAUAUAUUCCUUUGGUUUUCACAACUCCUUUCCCGUAUAAUAAUAGUGGUAUUUGUCAAUUUUCUGAUGAAAGAAAUGCUGUCACAUGCAUAAAAAGUGGCAUGAGUAAUUUUGCUGGUCAGGAUAGAAAUAAUGGAUGCUUUGGAACUGCUCCCUGUGGAAAUGAGCAAGCACAUCUUGACAACAAUGGGCUUGGGAUUUCUCAGAGAUUUUUGGAAGAGCACAUUCAUAAAAAAGGGUUUGAAAGCAGCAUGCCUGCUCCAAAUUCUGAAGGGAAAAUAUUUGCGGGUAAUAAUUUAGAGGAUAGGCAUCUUAUUAGCUCACUGAAGGACAUGGAGAUGGAUGAUGGAAAGCCUGUUGAGGAUGAGAAACAAAAAAUUAUUUCUAGUAGAGAUCAGUCUGAAAUUAAAGAUAUUUCUACUAAUGUUAAACUGCAGAGUAGUUCUGAAGGUUGUUCACUUGUCCCAUCUCAGAAUGAACUUAAAUAUACAUCUAUAAAUAGUACGGACAGGACAAAGACUUCCAUGCUGAAGGACUCAGCUGUGGGAACAUGCAUUCUCAGUGGUUCCAUUAAUAAUGUUUCUUCAAGUGCUUGCACACAAGAUGCAUCUGAGUCAGGUGGAGUUGAUGUUGCUCCUAAUCUUAAAGUAGCUAAGGAUGUUUGUGAUAAUCAUAUUCCUCCAAAUGUGGAAGUUGUGACUAGCUAUUUACAGGAAAGGAAUUCCUCGAAUGACCAAAAUUGCAAAAUAGACAAUCUGCUGCACAUAAGUUCUGAAAGUAACUUACUUACUCCAACUGGUAAUCAAUGUUGA